AUGGCCGACCAACUUUCUGAGGAGCAGAUCUCUGCGGCAGAGCUGACCCUUGCGCCCUUUGCGCCCCCAGAGUUCAAGGAGGCGUUCUCCCUCUUCGACAAGGACGGCGAUGGCACGAUCACCACCAAGGAGCUCGGCACGGUGAUGCGUUCGCUGGGCCAGAACCCGACCGAGGCGGAGCUGCAGGACAUGAUCAACGAGGUCGACGCGGACGGCAACGGCACGAUCGACUUCCCCGAGUUCCUGACGAUGAUGGCGCGCAAGAUGCGCGACACGGACUCGGAGGAAGAGAUCAAGGAGGCGUUCAAGGUCUUCGACAAGGACGGCAACGGCUACAUCUCCGCCGCUGAGCUCCGGCACGUCAUGACCAACCUCGGCGAGAAGCUCUCGGACAACGAGGUCGACGAGAUGAUUCGUGAAGCUGAUGUAGACGGCGACGGCCAGAUCAACUACGAGGAGUUCGUGAAGAUGAUGCUCUCGAAGUAA